UAGUGUACUGCUGGCUCAGUCCAGUUCGUUUUGCAAAAAAAAUUAUUAUUGUGUUUAAUGGAAAGUUCAUUAUGAAGAAUCAUUUCGUUAUAUUCUCAGCUGUACUGCUAUGUGUAGUUACAGCAAUACCACUUGCUGUCGAACCGAGUGAAAAUACGGAAACAAGUACUAAUAAUGACGGAUCAAACGCAAAUGAAGAAUCAAAAUACCGUUUGCCUCGAAAUACUGCACCACGAGUGUAUGCGAUUGAGUUAGAUCCAAAUAUUAAUGGUGAAGAAUUUACAUUUAAUGGAAAAGGAAAAAUUACAUUUGAAGUACUCGAAUCUACUCGUAUUAUUACGUUGCAUAAGUCAUCAAGAAUGGAAAUAGAUAAAGAGUCAAUAGAACUUGUCACUGGAGGGAAACAUCCUCCACGAGCUACAUCCGUUGAUUGGGAUAAACAUAAUGAAUUUUAUACUAUCAAAUUUGAGACUGAGUUGGAACCAAGAAAUUACGAUUUAUACAUUAAUUGGUCUGGUCGCCAAUCAAUCUAUUCAGGGUUUAUACGUAUUGAGUACUAUGACGACGAUGGCAAUACGAAAUACUUUGCUAUUAUGAAUUCAAAACCAAUUAGUGCUCGAAAAAUAUUUCCUUGUUGGGAUGAACCAGAAUUUAAAGCUCAAUUUGUGAUGUCAGUUAAACACGGUCCAAAUCAAACUGCAUUGUCGAAUAUGCCAGCAGUACGUCAUGAUAAAUUACGGGAUGGUAAUAUUAUGACUCAUUUCCAGAAGUCUCCAAAUAUGACUACUUAUGCUGUUAGCAUCGUGGUCACUGAUGAUUAUGAAUCGAUAGAACGUUCUGAAGAAGAAGGAAAAUUUUAUGCAUUAAAAAAUGACAUUGACUUCUUGAAAUAUCCAUUGGAAAUCAGUCAGAAGCUCAAAGACUUGAUGGGAAUUUAUACUACUGUGCCGUAUGCGUUACCUAAAUUAGAUCAAAUUAUCGUUCCUUAUACAUAUGAUCAAAAGACAAUGGAAAAUUGGGGACUUUUAGGAUAUCCGCUUUCAUCUCUCAAAUUCAUUUAUACAAAUUUAGUUCCUAAUGUUGAAGACCGAGACGAUAUUUUGUUAGAGAUCUCUCAUCAAAUAGCAUAUCAAUGGUUUGGUAAUCUUGUUACUCCUGCUUGGUGGGAUGAUGCUUGGUUAACCGAAUCAUUUGCUACAUACUACGCAUUCAAAAUUUUAGAAGGGGCGGAUCCGAACGAAUCUAUGAUGGCUAGAUUUGCAAUCGAAACAAUAAAUGAAGAAUCAUUUGAUGCUGAAUCAGUUUUCGAAGAACCGCUUCCUAUAAAAUGGAUGCCUCUUAAUAAUACGGCUAUUGAUAAUAUGAUAAGUCCUAUAACUAAAUACAAAGGAUCUGCCAUUUUACAUAUGUUGGAUCAUAUUCUUGGUAAAGACGUAUUCCGCGAUGGAGUUCGACGAUACCUCAAUGCACAUAAAUUCGGUAGCGUGGUUACUAAUGAUCUCUGGAAAGCUUUUCAAGAAGUUUAUGAUGAAAAUUAUGGGUUAGAAAGACCUUUGAAUAUUAAAGAGACUAUGGACCCCUGGAUUGAGCAAACUGGAACUCCAGUUAUAACUGUUACUCGGGAUUAUGAAACUGGUGAAACAAAUAUAACACAGAAAAACGCUCGGCAUACAAAUUCAGAUAACAAAUGGAGAAUUCCUAUUAAUUAUGCAACUAAGUCGAAUCCAGAUUUUUCGCAAAGCUUUCCGACAAUGUGGAUGGAAAAAGAUGAAGAAACAAAGACUAUACCAAACAUUGAUAAAGAUGACUGGAUUAUCAUAAAUAUUCAACAAAGCGGGUUUUAUCAAGUUAACUACGAUAAAGAAAAUUGGCAUCGUCUCGCAGAAUAUCUUAUCAAGGAUUACGAAAAAAUUCAUCCAAUCAAUCGGGCGCAACUUAUUGAGGAUGCUCACAGAAUGUAUAAAGAUGAUAAUUCAUACAUGGAAGCACUUUUCAAUAUAUCUUAUUACUUACAUGAAGAAACAGACCCUUUACCAUGGAUACCUGUAACAAAAGUUAUAGAAAAUUUGCAUGAAAAAGUUCGUAACACAGACGUUGAAAAUUUUUUUCAACUGUAUGUUCUUUUUAUCACUAACAAAAUUACUGACGAUAUUGGUUUUGGAAAAGACGAUGGUUAUGAUCCGCCAUCACUUCGCGUCCGAAAUAUGCUUGCUCCAAUAGUCUGUGAAUAUGGAAAUCCUGAUUGUCAAUCAUUUGCUACACAGCAAUUGAAUUCAUACUUGGAGAAUCCUUCAGAACAUGCAUUUCCAAAUUCUAAUUGGCCGUGGAUUUUAUGUUACGGACUUAAAGACGCAAAUGAUACUGUAUGGAAUAAACUUAUGACUGAACAGCUUCCCCUUCCAGAGUCUAUUCGCAAAUCAAGAUAUACUUUUAUUAAAUGUUGCGAAACUAAAGAGCAGUGUGAUAAAUAUAUAGCUGAGGCAAUGAGCCCAAACUCAAAUGCUACGACAGAUCAAAUUACUGAUAUGUUUAGAGCCUUUCUGGAGAAUGAUAAAAGUGAUGUCAAUUACGCCAUGCAAUAUUUCAUCGACCAUUUUGAGGAAAUAAAAACAUUCUAUGAAAAAGGAGAUGAUGUCGAUUUAAUUAUACUUUUGGGUCGAACUAUAUAUGCAAUCAAAAAUCAAGACCAAUAUGAUAAAAUGAAAGAGUUUUACGACCCACGAAAAGAAGAAUUUAAGAAGUUAUUCGGUGAACGGGCACCAAGUCUCGAAAUAGUUUUCGCAAACGCCGAAAAAAAUAUCAAAGAAACAGAUCGAAUCACUGAUAAUUUCCGCAAACUAUUGAACAAAAGCUUCGUUUUAGGUGACUCAUCAUCAUCCGAAGAAAACUAAUAUACUAUAAUGUAAUGUGAUCAGCUUAGAAAUUAGAUAUACUGAUUUGUUUUUUAUGACUAGAAUUUUUUUUUAAUAUUAAUUUAUGUGACUGCCUUCCGUACUUGGCUGUGGUGCUUCACCUUCAUACACAAAUUGAUCCAAAAAAUGAUCGAUUUUCGGUCAAGCAGAUAAAGCUUUCACUCCCUUUUAAACUAUCACUGAAUAACCAAUAUCAUUGAUCAUUAUUCUGUUUGUGCAUAGCUACUCUCCGUUAGCAGUAGUACCCGUAUGAAAAUAACAUAUAUGGUCAAAAUAUAUGUAAAAGUAUAUGAUAAAUAUCAGAAAAUAUAUGUGGCCAAUUUAACUAUAUUUUCUGACAUAUUUUUUUUUAUAUUAAAAAAUAUAAUAUUCAUCAUAUACAAGUCCGUAUAUGUUUAGCAUAUACAUAAUACAUAUGUCAAUCAUAUACAAAAAAUACAUUUUUAUCAUAUAUGAAAAUAUAUAUUCUUGUCAUACAUGAAAAUUAUAUUUUUAUUGUAAGUAAAAAUAUAUAUUUCUAUUAUAUACGAAAAAUAUAUUCUAAUCAUAUAUAAAAACAUAUAUUUAUAUUGUGUAUGGAAAAAAAAGUUUCUUAUUCGUUUGACCAACUCCAAUUAAAUUUGAUCUAUAUUUUAAUAUACUCUUCAAAUCGCAGUUAAAAUUUUCAAAAUUAGUUAAUUUGAUGCGAAUAUAUAUACCCAUAUACAUAUACAUUCACCGAAUAAAAUAAAUGCUUAAAUAUAACAAAGAAAAUAUAUGGUGCCAUAUAUAAUAUAAAUUAUAUGCUACCAUAUAUUUCAUUUCAUAUAAAAAUUAUAUAUUUUUUAAAUAUAAAAGGAAAUAUAUCAAUACAAUAUAUUAUAAGAUAAAUCUAAAUGUAUAUAUAUAGCUUAAUAUAAAAAACAUAUAAGUUACAUAUAUGGAAUACAUAUAUUUACUACUGUAUAUAAUUUUAUAUUAAAUCGGCGAAAAUCUCUAUAUGAUUUUUUAUAAUAUACAAUAUAAUAUAUCAUAUAUUGUUUUGUUGCAAACAUAUAUGAUAUUAUACAUUUCAACCAUAUAUUGUUUUUUCAUACGGGUAGGGGUGUGCGAAUAUUGCACGAAUCGAAUCGAAUAUUUGAAUAGUUCGAUUCGAUUCGCUAUCGAAUAAUUCGUUAAUUUGAAUAUUCGCACACCUCUAAUUUAAAUCAAUAAUUACUAUUAGUAUGACUAUUAUUAUAAUUUUGGACAAAUGGUUAUUAGGAAUAAGUUAGGAUUAAAGUUAAUAAUUUAGGAUUUACAAAAAGUAAAAUGGCUUGCAGUAAAAAACGAAAUUACUUAACAAAAAUUUAUUUAUAUUUUUCAUAUAAUUUUUGUUGUUAAGUAUACAGACACAGUGAUUACAACCUUAAAUAAAAUGUUAUAAUUAUUGCUUACAAUUAUCCCCCAAAAUAAAAUACUUAAUUUUCAGUAUAAAAGCUUAAAUUAUAUGCAUGAAGUAAUUUAAAUAAAAAAUAAGUAAUGGCAUUAAAAAUCACUUAAUUAAUCGAAGUUCUUACAAUCUCAGUAGUAAUAAAUAUUUGGUGUCUUCUUAACUAACUACAAGUUUCCAGAAACAAGAAUUAAUAAAUAUAAAUAGUAAAAUGAGUCAUUUAAAAGAGUAUAAAAUUCUACAUACUAAAUUAUCAAUAGUAUUUUAAUAUUGUUAGCGAUUCAAUUGAGUUCCAUAUCUCACAUCCUCACUACUUAUUUAAUUAUAAUUUUAUCCACUGAAUUUUUAUUCUUAUUGCCCAUGAAUUAAAUACUUGAUCAUUAUUUACAUGUUCCCUUCUUCAUGACUUAACAUAACACAAAAAUAUUAGCCUUACUUAAUAAUGAUAUCUAUUAAAUCCCAUUGCUUAUUGAAAUUGAUAGGUAUUCAUGGUAGUGCUUAAAAAAUUUAAACCAUUGAAUUCUUUGUUUAAUUCAGUCGAUGAUGUAAUUUCUGGGACAGAGCUAAAGGUUUGCUCUGAAUCAGGACUUACUCCGUAUGUAUAAUAGUUACUGUUAUUAGCCGGAUAGCCAGUGACAGUAGUGUGUUCUUUAUGGUUAUAAUCUAUGUAGUCAACAGGCUUUACAUAAUAACUGGUAUAGUUAUUAUUAUUAUUAUUAUUAUAGAACCCAUUGACGGGUGAAUAAUAAUUAUUAAUGUUGUUAUUAUACACUUGGGCCUGAGAAGAUUCAGUAUAAAUGGUAGUAUUUUGCAUACUUCCGCUGUAUGCCGGUUGGUAGUUGGUACCAUUCGUCCAGUAGUUACCGUCGUUUUUAAAACCCAUAUCUUGAAUCGGUGGCGAAUGAUGGUAGUGUAUAGUUGAA